AUGUUGAGACAUAUGCAUAAUUUGAAGAACUAUGAUUCGAAUGUGUGGUUAUACACAGAUAUUUUCAACCAAAUACAAAAAUUUAUCUGCGAAAUUUAUAAUGUUUCUGGUAUUAUUGACGUUGAUGCUGCCCGGCUUCAGCUGUUUUUAAAUAAUUACACUGUUUCUGAUAUUAACGAAGAAUUUAAUCCAAAAAAUUUAAAAAAUUUCGAUGCAAGCAAUUUACCACCAUGCAAAACUGAGUUAUUUCAACAAUUUCUCCGAGCUAAUUAUAUUACCAGCAUAUGGAAUAAUGCAAAUGAAAAACGACCGUCUACUUUUACUCCUGAAAACAAUGGAUGGACGUUUGAAGAUAACCAGUAUCAUUUUUAUUGGUUUGAUGGUGACCAAUUACCAGGACUCGUUAGCGAAUCACUUCAAGAAUCAGAAGACGCUACCAGCAACAACAAUAUAACUAGUGAUGAUGAGGAUGAUGACUUGAGUGGACAGUAUCGUGAUGUACUUAAUGAUGAAAAUUCAAAUGAUUAUUAUGACGAUGAUGAAGAUGGUUAA